GGAACUCAUUUUCGUCAUAGCGAUGGCGACAUUCAGAAGUGAAUUUAACAGCGUGCCGAACACUUACAACCAGCGCCUGACGGCAUUGAAAAAAAAGCUAACCACGUGUUUUCAGCACUGGCUGAUCAAACUGCACCAACACCACCGCCAACGCCAACGCCAGCAGCAAAAACAACAACGUGGCCCUGGGCAAUGCAAUUUUGUCCACGCGGACUGCUCCAUUAAGCACGAGGAAGUUACCUAUUUGCGCAAGUUCAAGAGGAUUUUCACAGCACGCCAAGCUUUGGCGAGUGCUCGGACAGCAGCUCAGCCACAGUCGGCACUUGGCGUCCGCAUCAGCUCGAAGGAGGCAGAAGCGGCAGAGCAGGAGCUGCAAAUUGUAGCGAGGCUCUUCUCAUCGACCUUAAUAUCGAGUACCAUCGGCUCCGACAUGACCAUCAUGGAUAAUACCUAUUUGGGGGUGCGCGACGAGUACCCCGAUAUUGAUGCUGAAAUACGCGCCAUACUGCUGGCUAAUGCCCAGAAUGGUAUCACGAUAUCGAGCAUCAAAAAUGAAUAUCGACAAUUGACGGGCACUGCUUUUCCGGUGCACGACAACAUCACAGACUUUCUGCUAACCAUACCCCACGUCACGGCCGAAUGCUGUGAGUCCGGUAAGCGCAUCUUUAACAUCAAGCCCACUGAGGAGACCCGCCAUCUUCACGAGAUGAUAUUGCAGCAGCGCCAACGUGAAAGUCGAAAUAGCUACAACAACAACAACAACAACAACAACAACUACAACAACAACCACAACAACAACAUGGUGCACUCACUGGAGCCGCCACGUCUGUGGCGCUCACAUUACAAUCGGCGAAUGUCGUCGAACUUCAAUGCAAAUCUCAACUCGAGUGAGAAGCCGCCAGCUGUCAAGAUGGCCACGCUGCAGCCCCUGGCCACGGCUGCUGCAUUGGCGCCCAACGGUGUCUAUCAGGACAACUGGAAACAUCUCAACAAUCAGUAUCAGCUACCGCAGCUCAAUGCUCUCAAGAACAGCAACAGCAACAACAACCACAACAUCUACUCGAAUACUCUGAAUCCUGCACAGUUACAGGCAGCUUCGCCGGCAGAGCAUCAGCAGCAACAACAACAACAGCAACAGCAGCAGCAACAGCAACAUCAAGCAGUUCAGCAGUUGAAACACCUGGAGGAGUAUACACACAAGAGGCGAACUGAUUUUACACCCACGCCAACAACGUUGUCAUGUCCAUCGCAACAUGACUCCAUGUUCACCAUCAACUCGGACUAUGAUGCAUAUCUAUUGGACUUUCCACUGUUGGGCGACGACUUCUUGUUGUAUCUGGCACGCAUGGAGCUGAAGUGCCGUUUCAAGAAGUACGAGAAGGUGCUGCAGUCUGGACUCUGCAUCUCUGGACAGACGAUCAAUGCGGCGAGGCAACGUCUGCGACUGGUUGAGCUGCCGGAGAUGACGCAAAUCAUCGUCAAUAUCGGCUCCGUGGAUAUAAUGCGUGGCAGGCCGUUAGUGCAGAUCGAGCACGAUUUCCGUCAGCUGGUGAAGGAGAUGCAUAGCCGGAGAUUUGUACCUGUGCUGACCACGCUGGCACCGCUGGCCAACUAUCGCCACGACAAGCAGACAUGCGACAAGGUGUCGCGCUUCAACAAGUUUAUACGCAACGAGGGGCGACACCUCAAAGUUAUUGAUAUACAUUCCUGUCUGAUCAACGAGAAUGGCAUCGUACGAUUCGAUUGCUUCCAGAACGGGCCACGUAGCGUGACGGGCUCAGCCGAGCCACAUGUAUUCUGGAACAAAAUCGGACGGCAGCGUGUGCUGCAGAUGAUUGAAGAGAAUUUGGAGUAUUAUUGAAGAGCUGAAGAGCUGGAGAGCUGGAGAGCUGGAGAGCUGGAGAGCGGAGGAGCUGAGCUAAGGGAAGCGCCGGUCUGGCACCAGGCUCAAGUUUUACAUUCAUUUCAAUCGACGGCAUGCAGUUUUUUGUUUUUAAAACAGAAAUGAAAUUUCGAAUGUUAGUUUUUAAUGUGUUUUAUGUUCGUUUCGUUCCGUGUUAGUCUUUGUCUUAGUUCGUAAAUCUAUGUGAUAAAUAUGUGUUAAGUGUUUAGUGUAUGUUCGUACGUUUGUUCGUUAUAUGUGAUUCCCACAACAUCAUCAAGUUCGUAAGGU